CCCUCUUUCUCUCCCUCCCCUCUCUCCGUCGCCCAAUCUUAUUGAUCCAGGAGGUGGCUAAUUAGCCCUUCCCGUCGUGCCUGUGUAAUGAGGCACAUGCGCAGUGCAUUAAUCCCAGCCAUUUUUUGCAGGAAACUAAUUAGCAGGAAUAAAGACCCAAAGAGUUUUUUUCUCUCCCGUCGUCAGAAACCGCUCUCACCUCCUCCCUCACACAAACACUAGGCGCGUCGCCUGCUUUAACAACCAAAUCCCCCUAAAUAAGGCUUUAAACGGAAUAUACCUCGUUACAACAAUGAUCUUCAACGUACCGUCGAGCACGCUAACUGACCAAACGGAACUACCUUGAUGGGAUAUGUAAGCGAAACAUUUGUUUACUGGACUAUAGAGCAAGGCUUUCAAAGCGGACGCCAAAAAUGUCAGGGUGUGAUGGUCCCGUGGUGUAGGAGGAGCGAGGAUGGAGUUCUGUGACUCCUCUGACCAUGAGGCCUCCCAGACCCAGCCUCCCUGGGGGCUCCCCCACCCCGGCCUACUGCUGCUGCCCACGGACCAGCCCCUCUCGCUGGGGAACCUCUCUGCGCUCGCCCCCUCUCCCCUGCUGCACCUCCAGAGCCCCGCUGCACUGACCGAGAAAGCCCAGAGGAGGAGGAGGAGGAGGCCCACAGCAGGAGAGGAGGAGGAGGAGGAGGAGAACGACGACGGAGGAGGAGAGGAAGAGAGGAGGGAUGAGGGAGGAGUGAAUGGAAUGGACCAGGGGUUCGGGGGACCGAUGGAAGGAGCUUUAAGGUCAGGAAGUGAAGCGGGAGAGGAGGAGUGUUACGACGACGACGAGAUGAUGGAGGAGGAGGAGGAAGAAGAGGAGGAGGAAGAGGAGGAGGGGGAUGUGGAGGAGCUGGUGGGGGAGAUAUUGUACCGGCCGGAUGGUUCUGCAUUUGUGGUGGAGAACCUGAACCAGCUGAGCCAGAAGGAGGUGGAGGGGGGGGACAGCACCCCCGCCCCCCAACCCCCCCUCACCAUCAGCACCUGCCACAUCGCCGCCUCUCUGGCCCCGUGGUUCCUCCCGCCGUCCCAGACCCAAACCCAGACCCAGUCUGGACCCAUCCUGCACACUUUCCGCGUGUUCCAUUUGCAGCGCCAGGACGAUGGCCAGCAGCCAACCAGCAACGGUCUACCCAAAGAUGACUUCCUCACGGAAGCUGCGGACGUCUCCACAGGGGGGCAGGCCUCGGUGCCGGCGGGGGGGCGACGGCCGAUCCUGAUGUGCUUCCUGUGCCGCCUGUCGUUCGGCUGCGCCCGCUCCUUCACGCUGCACGCGGCCCGGGAGCACGCCGUCGCCCCGAGCGACCAGGAGCGCCGCCUGCUGGCGCUCAAGAACGCAUCUGCCAUCAUCCAGCCUGUCGCCCCCGGCAACCGGCCCCUCCUCAGCUUCCUGGAACCAAAAAUCGGGAGUGUGUCGGUCCCCCCCACUGCCGCCUCACACCCCCCCCACCCCCAAACCCUAACCCCCCCCACAGCUCCCUGGCCUGCCAAAGACCCCCACAGCCCUCUGGGGCUGCCCCAACCCCUGCCCGAGUCAAAGAGGAGAGAGGGGGAGGGGGAGAGAGGGACUGGGGGAGAGAAAGGACUCUUUACAAGGGAUGGAGUGAUUGUGAGAGAGGAGGAGGAUGAGGAGGAAGAGUACUAUGAGGAGGAGGGGGAGGGGUUGCUCUCGGACUUGGACGAUGAUGAGCACGACCUCGCUGAGGCCAGUGGUCAUGGCAACCGUAGCGGUAACGGUAGCGGUAGCAGCAAAGGCGGACUGAGGGAAGAGGCCCUCGCAAACCAAAGCGAUAUUUCCAAAUCUCCUUUACUGGCUACCCCUGCCCCCACCCCCACCCCCGCCCCCACUCUUGCCCCCAGCCUCUCCACCCCAGCAGGAGCGGCUGAGGGAACCAGCUUUACGCCCCCCCACACCAAACCGCCCGGCGCAGCCCCCCCCACCAGCUUUAACUGCCUGCCCCGCGGCCAGCCCGUCUCUCCCGAGGAUGAUGGGAAGGCGGGGUCGCCCGCCUCUGCGCCCAGAGACGAAUGUGCCAACGGAGAGAGUGCCAAUGCAACGCAACCAAACGAUGGCUCGCCAGUCAGAGAGUCCGCUAGCAGCAGCAGCAGCAGCAGCUCGCAGCACCCGAGCAACCCCUAUCACCCCCCCCACCAGCAGCAGCAGCCAGGGCUCAGCUUCCCCCAGGACCUGAGCGGCGGAGGCGGGAGCAUGGUGGACUUCGGGAGCGUGAGCGGAGACGGCGGCGCCCAGACCUCGCCCUACGCCAUGGGCGGGUACCUGUCGGGCUCGCACUCGCGCAACUCCUGCAAGACGCUCAAGUGUCCCAAGUGCAACUGGCACUACAAGUACCAGCAGACGCUGGAGGCACACAUGAAGGAGAAGCACCCGGAGACGGACUGCGAGCAGUGCCCCUACUGCAGCAGCGGGCAGAGCCACCCCCGGCUGGCGCGCGGAGAGACCUACACCUGCGGCUACAAGCCCUUCCGCUGCAACGCGUGCCAGUACUCCACCACCACCAAGGGCAACCUGAGCAUCCACAUGCAGUCGGACAAGCACCUGCACAACAUGCAGACCCUGCAGAACGGCGGCGACCCGGCCCACGGGCACGGGGGGCACAUGCAGCACGGCGGCUCGUGCGGCGACGCCCAGGGCUACGGGAACGCGCCCACGGGCGGCGGCGCUGCGUCGGCGGCCCCCUGCCCCACCCAGCCCAACGCCCUGCACCCGCCGCCCCGCGCCCACUCGCAGCCGCACCCGGGCCAGGUGGUGCCGCAAGUGGGGGGCACGUGCAGCUCGCCCUCCCCCGCCAAGCCCAAGGGGCAGGCCAUGUGGCGCUGCGAGGUGUGCGACUACGAGACCAACGUGGCGCGCAACCUGCGCAUCCACAUGACCAGCGAGAAGCACACGCACAACAUGCUGCUGCUGCAGCAGAACCUGGCCCAGAUGCAGCAGCAGCGCGCCACCGGCAUGCGCCUGCACGCUCUGGGGGGGGGCGCGCUGCCCCCCAGCCCCUCGGACGCGGACCUCUACCAGUUCUACCUGUCGCAGGCGCGCACCCUGAACCUCACGCUGGGCACCAAGACCGACCCCAUGGCCGCCGACGCCCAGUUCCUGCGCAGCGUCUUCUCCUCCUCCCAGGACGCCUCCUCUGGGCUGGCGCUGACCCGCGGGGAGCUGGAGAUGGACGUGGUGCCCGCCUCGGAGCAGCAGCGCUGCGACCCGUCACCCAGCGACCUCCCGGCGGCGGGGCGGCACCUGUUCCAGUGCGGUGUGUGCGAGCUGUUCUCCUGCGACGGGCUGGACGGGUUGGCGCGGCACCUGGCCGCCCAGCGCUCGCUCCCCGAGUCGGAGUGGCGCACCACCGUGGGCGAGAGCCACCACUGCCGCCUGUGCCAGUACGCCACCCCGCUGCGCGCCAACUUCCAGCUGCACUGCCAGACGGACAAGCACCUGCUCCGCUACCAGCUGGCCGCGCACCUGCGGGAGGGCUGUGCCCGGCGUCGCCGCGGCAGCCGCAGCCAUGACAACGGCGCGGAGGACGAGGAGAGGGAGGCGGACUGGUGGCUGAACAGCGUGAGCGUGGGCAACCCGAUGCGUCUCCGAUGUAACGCCUGUGCCUACGACGCUCCGAGCCUGGAGAAGCUUAAGCUUCACUCCAUGAACACACAACACCAGAGCAGCUUCAGACUCUACAAGUAUCUGCAGCAGUCAGCGGGGGCUGUGGACGAGGGCUGCAUCUUCCACUGUGUGCUGUGUGACUACUCCACCCAGUCCAGCCUCUCUCUGGUGCAGCACUCCUAUUCGCUCAGCCAUCAGCGUGGGGAGGGGCUGCAUCGCUUUCAGCGAAUCCAGAGAGGUCUGCCGGAGGAAGAGGAGGAGCUUAGUGCCAUCUUCACAGUUAGGAAGCCCCCGACACAAGACGAAGGAGACCAGAGAGAAGUGGAUGCUGCCACUGAGGGCUCUGCAGAGCAGGAGGACCAGACCAAAGCCACUGAGAGAGGGGGGGAUAAGGAGACGAGCAGAGGCUCAGGAUCCUCCGAUGGGGAAUGGGAGCACAAUGACCCCUCUCCCCCCCCUAAACGGCCCAACUCCAGGACCAGCGUGGCCGACAGCCCCCCUUCUUCAAAGAAGCCACGGACUGAGCCAGCAUCAACUGAACAAAUGCUGCAGUGCCCGUUCUGUCGGUUCUGCCACUCUGACCUGGGCGUCCUGAGGGGGCACGUGAUGACCCAGCACUCCCUGCAGCCCACGCUGAGGUGCCCGCUGUGCCGUGAGACGCUGGGCAGCGUCGCCCUCCUGCGCACCCACCUGACACAAGUCCACAACGUCACCUCCGACUGCACCAACAAGCUCAUUAACACGGUGAUUGCGUCUGACGUGCUGCCUGCCAGCAUGUUCACGGCUGCCCCCGGACCAGAGGAGGAGGGAUCCAACUCCAGCGCCGACAACACAAAGAAACCACACGACGAUUCAAGGGCAGAUUCGGAUAAAGGGAGGUCCCCAAACACUGAGGUCACCAAACCUCAUAGGUCACCCCUGGAGGACGCCGAGUCCACCAAGGAGAACACCGCAGCGUACCCGUGCUGGCAGAAGGGCUGUAGCAAAGUCCUCAAGUCCUCCGCUGCCCUGCAGGCCCACAUCAGCGAGGUCCACAACCAGAAGACCCCGGGGCCUGUGUCAGACCGCCACGUCUACAAGUACCGCUGUGGCCAGUGCAGCCUGGCCUUCAAGACGCCGGAGAAGCUGCAGCUGCACUCGCAGUACCACGCCAUCCGUGCCGCCACCAUGUGCUGCCUGUGCCAGCGCAGCUUCCGCAGCCUGCAGGCCCUGCGCAAGCACCUGGAGACCAGCCACCUGGAGCUGAGCGAGGCCCAGCUGCAGCAGCUCUACGGCGGGCUGCUCAUGAACGGGGACGUCCUGGCCGUGGGGGACCCGGUGCUCGGAGACGAUCAGGGAUCGUUCGGGGAAGACUGCAUGAAGGACGGAGAGGAGAUGGAUCUGGACGAGAAGCAGAGCUCCAACGGCGGCGGCGACUCCGGGCUGGCGCAGCAGGAGGACCCUGGGAGUGAGAUGAAGCGAGCCAAUUUGCCGUUUAGGAAAGCGACCAACCUCACCAUGGAGAAGUUUCUGGACCCGCAGCGCCCUUUCAAGUGCACCGUGUGCAAAGAGUCCUUCACUCAGAAGAACAUCCUACUGGUGCACUACAACUCGGUGUCUCACCUCCACAAGGUCAAGCGCUCGCUCCAGGACUCCACAGCGGGGGUGCCCGAGGCCGUCAGCAGCACAGAUCACAAACCCUUCAAGUGUUCCACCUGUAAUGUGGCCUACAGCCAGAGCUCCACCCUGGAGAUCCACAUGAGAUCAGUCCUACACCAGACCAAAGCCCGUGCAGCCAAAGUAGACCCUUCCGUUGCUAGUCAAGCCUCUGCUAACACUCCUUCAGUUGGCACGGGCUCAUCCUCCAGCAGCUUGUCUCUGAGCUCCACCGCAGCUAUGAAGCCAAGCACAGCCACAAAUGCCACGUCUAGCUCGACCGCUAACACUCCUGGGGGAGACCAGCAGAGCAGUGAUGCAGGCCCGGCGGGCCACUCGUCCCAGUCUGAGAGCCACGACGCGAAGAGGAAGAGGUUAGCGGACAUCAUCGCGUCCACGGCGCAGCAGCAGCAGCAGAAGCUCGUGCAGCAGCAGCAGCUGGCCCAAGCCCAAGCACAGCUCCAGCAGGAGCUCCAGCAGAAGGCUGCGCUCCUGCAGUCUCACCUGUUCAACCCAGCACUCUUCCAGCACCUCCCCAUGAUGCAUGAAGCUCUGCAGCAGCAACAGCAGCAGCAGCAGCAGCAGCUCCAGCAGCAGCAGCAACAGCUCCAGCAGCAGCUGCUCUUUCCCUUCUACUUCCCUGGCGGAGACUUCCAGCUGAGCGAAGAGUUCAAAAAUGCAUCUCUGAGCUUCGCCAACUCCGCCGGGUUUUCCCUGUCCUCUCAGCCAGGCCUGAUGGAGGCGUUGAUGUCACAGAUGGAGAAGCCCAGCACUAGCCACUCUCAGCAGGACCUCAUAAGACCUCCCCUGCAGCAGAGUCCAACAGUGUCUCAUGGAACGAGCAAUGCUCACCAAGAUGGCGGAAAACCUCAGACACCUAAAGUUCAGACCGAGGUCAGUCUGCCCAAGCAGAACAAGAAGGAAGAGACAAACAGCACAAAUGAACUCAAGUCCGCAGAACAGCAAGACCGUGGUAAAUGCAACAGCGGGGUGAGUCAAGAGGCAAAGAAUUCUGGGAAAGAGGUCAAGCUGGGGUUCCUGCCACCCAGGAUUUCCCACGAUGCGUCUGAUAACGCCUCGAGGGCUCUGCUGGAGAACAUUGGCUUUGAGCUGGUCAUCCAGUUUAACGAGAGCAAGCAGAGGGUGCAGAGGAAGUUUGCCGAAAACAUAGCCGUCACUCUUGGCGAGUCUGAUCCAAAGGAGGGGGACCCCCUGCAGAUAAAGCUGGAGUGUGUGUCCUGCAACAAGCUGUUCUCAAACCCCCUGAUACUGAAGAGCCAUCAGGAGCAGGCUCACCAGACCUUAGUCUUUCCCAUCGACUCUCUGGAGAAGUUUGCCAAAGACUACAGGGAUCAAUAUGACAAGCAGUACCCGUUGAGGUCUCUCACUCCUGAGGCUCCCAAUACUCCCCCACCUCCUCCGCCUCCUAAACCACCCACUCCUCCCACCUCCCAGCACAUCCAGCAGCCCCCAACAUCAAGCACUGCUCCCUCUGCUCUGCCUGUUGCUCCUCCAGCAGUCUCUGCUCCUUUGACUAAAGCGUCCACCCUCCCGCCUCCACCUCCUCUCUCCUUGCCUGUGGACCUUUCACUCUUCUCUCCUAUGAUGAUGCAGUCCAUAUCCCUACCACAGGUUCCUGGCAUUGGCAUGGACGUUGGCAUCCCACAUGACUUGGCACAGCUCUAUCAGCAACAGCUCAGUCCAGCCCUGCUACAGCAGCAAAGCAAACGUCCUCGGACGCGCAUCACGGACGACCAGCUGAGCGUGCUUCGCCAGUACUUUGACAUCAACAACUCUCCAAACGAAGACCAGAUCAGGGAGAUGGCGGACAAGUCCGGCCUGCCUCAGAAAGUGAUCAAGCACUGGUUCCGCAACACACUGUUUAAAGAACGUCAGCGCAACAAGGACUCCCCUUACAACUUCAACAACCCACCAACCACCACUCUGGAGGAUGUUAAGGUGGAUUCCAGACCCCCAAGUCCUGAUCUUCAGAGGUAUGACUCUUAUGGGGGUAAGAGGUCCUCAAGGACUCGCUUCACUGACUUCCAGCUGAGAGUGCUGCAGGACUUCUUCGAUGCCAAUGCCUACCCUAAAGAUGAUGAGUUUGAGCAGCUCUCCAACCUGCUGGGCCUUCCUACUCGAGUCAUUGUGGUGUGGUUCCAGAAUGCUCGUCAGAAGGCUCGCAAGACCUACGAGAACCAGGGUGAGGGUGCUAAAGAGAGCGGCGAAAGACGAGAGAUGCCCAACGACCGCUACAUCCGCACUGCCAACCUCAGCUACCAAUGCAAGAAGUGCAGCCUGGUCUUUCAACGCAUAUUUGACCUCAUCAAGCACCAGAAGAAGAUGUGCUACAAAGAUGAAGAUGACGAUGGCCGAUAUGACAGCUAUGAGGACUCGAUUGACCUAAAGCACGAGUACUGGAGCUCCAGUACGUCCUCCUCCUCUCACACCCCCACCUUCUCCUGUUCCAACGCCAUCCUCGCUGCUGAGACUACCUCUACCCACAAUGUGAAACCUGCUGAGGCUAAUGAUGCUAGCGCUCCUAGCGCUGCUGGUGUAUCUGAAACCCCCAGAGAGGGGCCCUCCCAUACUGCAGAAGGUUCUUCCCUUGCCCAACCCCAGCAGAGCAGCUCUGCCACCUUGCAGCAGAAAGAACCACAACUGGAGACUCAACAUCACAAGCUGUUGGCUGAGGAAAAGGAGAAAGGACACGCCAGCAGCCCUAAGCCAUCCUCCUCCCUGAAACAGCAGCAACAGCAGCAGCAGCUUUCUCCUUCUGUUCCCCAGACGAGCCCAGCGUCUUCAGAGAGCACCCGCACCAGUCUCAAUGCCCUGUCGAGCCCCCAGACCCCCCAGCAGAGGAGAACCCCCCAGCCUGUCACUCCCUUCCACUGUGGCCAGUGUAAACUCGGCUUCCCCUCCUUUGAGCACUGGCAGGAGCACCAGCAGCUGCACCUCCUGACCUCCCAGAACCCGUUUGUCCACCCCCAGUUCCUGGACCGACCGACAGACAUGCCCUUCAUGCUCUUUGAUCCCAGCAACACCCUUCUGGCCAGUCAGCUCCUGUCCGGAGCCUUCCCACAGAUCCCUUCCAGCUCCAUGUCCUCCUCGCCCAUGCCCAGUGCCGCUAUAAACACGCUGAAGAGGAAGCUGGAGGAGAAGGCCAGCACCAGCCCCAUGGAGAAUGACUGGGAGAGCAGUAUUGACGAGCAGCAUCGUGACAAACGAAUGAGGACGACCAUAACUCCAGAGCAGCUGGAGGUCCUCUACCAGAAGUAUCUGUUGGACUCCAAUCCCACCCGUAAGAUGCUGGACCAGAUCUCCAAUGAGGUGGGCCUCAAGAAGAGGGUGGUGCAGGUGUGGUUCCAGAACACAAGAGCCCGGGAGAGGAAAGGCCAGUUCCGAGCGCUGGGUCCGGCCCAGGCUCAUCGCCGAUGCCCGUUCUGCAGAGCCCUCUUCAAAGCACAGACUGCUCUUGAUGCUCACAUCCGCUCCCGCCACUGGCAUGAGGCUAAGAGUGUAGGCUACAGUUUCUCCAUAUCUGGAAUGCUUUCGGAUCAAGGAGGGAUGAAAAUGGAUGGGUCAGAAAUCCCCAGUUCCUGGAGCAGCCAGCUAGCUUCGCUGUAUCCGGGUCACAAGAGUGCCGAUUCGUCCCUGCAUCACAGCUCCAGCCCCCGGCUCAUUAAGAUCGAAGGAUCUGAUGACUAUGAGGGUCCAUCAGGCUCCUCUUUCAGUCACUCCUAUGAGGGUAAAUUCGACAACGAUGACUGUUCUUCAGUAAACACGUCGAUUACUGACGCUACAAUGGGAGAGGAAGGUGGCGACGCCUCCGAGGCCAAACACAGAAGUCAUGAUAUCCUGGCGCAAAUGGCUGAGAGGGCCCCUUCCUGUGACAAUGACGAACUGAUGUCCUCAGACUUGAUGAGUCCUGCCAUGAGCUUCAAUGCAAAGGACUACGACAACGACAUGAUGGUGGACUACAGUGAGACCUCCAGCUUUGCAGACCCUUCCUCCCCAGGCCCUGGGACCUCCGGGAGCCAGAGUGGGGAUAUUGAGCGUUCCGGUCCAAAGCGUUACCGCACCCAAAUGAGCAACCUCAUGGUGAAGGUGCUCAAGGCCUGCUUCACUGACUACAAGACCCCUACUAUGCUGGAAUGUGAGGCCCUGGGCAAUCACAUCGGGCUGGCCAAGAGAGUCGUCCAAGUGUGGUUCCAGAACGCCCGUGCCAAGGAGAAGAAAGCAAAACUGAACUUGGCGAAGCAGUUUGGUGUCGAGCCAUCCCAGCGCGAGGCACCAAAGACUCAGUGCACCCUUUGCGAUGUCAAGUACAACAGCUGCCUCUCCGUUCGCGACCACGUCUUUUCCCAGCAGCAUGUAGCCAAGGUGAAAGAAGCCGUGGGCAGUCAGAUGGACAAGGAGCGGGAAUACUUCGACCCCAACACGGUUCGCCAGCUGAUGGCUCAGCAAGAGAUGGAUCAUCUAAAGAAGGCCAACGAGGUCCUGGGUCUGUCUCAGCAGCAGAGAUUUGACCCCGCCACGCUCCAGGCUCUGAACCUCUCGGCCAUGUACCCCGGUCUCCAAAACAUGCAAGGAAUUGGCAGUGCGGGGAGCUUGAACUCACCUCAGUUAGCAGGUCCCAGCAGUCUGUCUCCCAGUGUGCACGCCAACGGAUUACCCACCAAGCGCCACACCGCUUCUCCCUCUUCGUCGACUCCGUCAGACAAAGUCGGCAUGGCGACUUCUUCUGUUUCUACUCCAAAGACCAAACAGCCAGACCUUCGACCAGAACGCUCCAAAGAGAACGGCACUGUAAAGAGUGAGAAGGAGAAGACCAAGGAGAAGCCUUGCGUACUCCCAGCCGUCUCCACCCCGUCCACCUCGUCCACCCCCCGGAAGCCAGACAAGCAAGACAAACCAGACACCCCAGCGACCUCAACUCCAAAACCUGGCAUGGAGUUUGUGAUGGAUCCGGCACAGCUUCAAGCCCUGCAGGCAGUUAGUGGCGGUGCAGAUCCAACAGCCUUCUUGUCCAACCCAUUCCUGCCUUGCUUCAUGCCUGGUUUCCCCUCAUAUUUCCCCCCUCAGAUCCCUGGGGCUGUUCCUGGUGGCUACCUGCAGCCCAUAUAUGGCAUGGAAGGCCUGUUUCCUUACGGCCCAGCUGCCCUUUCCCAGGCCCUGAUGGGUUUGUCCCAAGGCUCCAUUCUCCAGCAAUACCAGCAAUACCAACAGAGCCUCCAGGGGGCACUACAGCAGAAGCACCUGCAGCUACAGCAGCAGCAGCAGCAGCAGCAACAGACACAGACGCAGAAACCCAAAGCCCACGCCCAGGCCAAAGCUGACUCCAAGCAACCUUCCCAAAAUGCAUCAAAAGCAGGGGAGCGCAAAGAUCCUUCCUGCGGCAAAGCGUCCCCUUCCACGUCAUGUGAUCAGUUCUCGUCCUCCUCAUUGGGUGACAAACCUUCUUCUAAAGUCAGAAGCCUGGAUGAGGACCUCCUCCAGCGGGAGGGUGUUGUCCCCAAAGCGACAGGCGGAGAGCAAGGGAAAGGUGGGCGGUUGUAUGACGCAGACGACGGCGACGCCUUCGGCCGCCACCUGGAGUCCCCACAGCACAAGCGUAGCGCGGCGGAGCGACCGCACGCCAAAGAGCACGCCACUCCCGUGUUACCUCACACCGCAACCUGCGCUCCCGACUCCGCCACGGCAUCUACCUCACAGCCUGCCCCUCUGUCCACGCUGACUCCUCCAACCUCCUCCUCCUCCUCCUCUUUCUCCUCGCACCUCUCCACCAGAGACGGACUGUGCACCCUGCCCAACCUUUCGACAGCUUUAUCGGGGUCGCCAGACGCCACUCGUACCCCAGCCUCCUUCUACAACCAAACUCCCCCCUCGCCUUCAACGGUUACCUCAAACUCGGCGAGACCCUCUAGCGCUCGCCCAUUGAUACCAACAGACCCUGCUGGAGGGAUGGCCCGCAGCACCCUGGAGACGCCCCUGGAGAGACAGAGUCCUGACCUGCCAGAGGAGCGCCACCUGGUGGGCGACUCCCGGCCGGACUGCAGCAGUGUUGGAACAGACUCGCUGGGAAUGUGAACGAGAGACACGAAAAAGAAAGAUAAAGAGAAGAAGACAAACAAAAAAAAAGAACUACUACAAAGAAGAAAAAGCUUUUUGAGAAUGGAUGUUUGAGGAACACAGAGAUGAACCAGUACAUUAACAGUAAGAGGAAAAGAAAAGUGUAAACUGACUGAUAUCUGAAGAAAACUAACUGCAAUUCCAAUGCUCGUAACCAAAAAAUAAUAUGCGUCAGUCGAAUGUUUUUCUUUGCCAUUUAACAUGCUGGUUCUCACCCAUCUACCGUAAACAGUAUGAACACUACAAAGACUUAUGCAGUUACAUUUUUAAAGUGGAAUUGGAGUGUUGUACAAACAAACUGCUCACCCAAGGCGGAUCCCCACCAAACGAACUAUUAACUCAAAGCGUGUUCUUAAUUUUUGAGUAGCCUACACUUAAUAGCACAUUAACUUAAUGCCAUAAUUCAAAACGAGAGAACUCUUUACCUAUACACACACACACACACACACACACACACACACACACACACACGCACGCACGCGUACAGACUCAUGCCGAAGCAGUCUCCCUCCAAGUGUGUUCUCAACUGUACCAAUGGCUUGCUGAAAUAAUGAUGUGAUGUAAUGGUGUCUCCUCUCAGGUCAACAGCUCGUACGGAACUCAUUGUAUAAAUUCUGUUCUUGAAAAUACAAAGAGGAAAUGUUUUAAGCCUAAAAUGUAAGUGUUAAAAAGAAAGGGAAAUAUUAAGUCCUAUUUUUUUCUUAAGAGUUGGAAAAGCAUUAUUAGUCUUAUAAAUGUGCGCAUUUUGGUUUUUAUUUUAAUGUAGGACUUAAACUUUACCCUGAAAACAAAGAGUAAUGCAGACUUGAAUGGUUGAUUUUUUUUGUUUUGUUUUUUUAAAGAAAGGCUCUGUGUUUUAUGAUAGAUACAUGUAUGAACAUUUUUGGUGUUGCGUAGAUUGUUGAAUUUUAACUGUUUGGUAGGAAGGAAACCCGUAUAUUUAGCUUUUGUACUGUCCACCUCAAAAAGGCACUUCAGCGAGGUGGUCCUGCUCACUCUGAGGAGGGGAGGAGUGCGUCGACUUUUAAAACCACAUUCUGCAGCCCUUUGCUUUCCUUCCCCUCACCUCGUCUCUCCUGCUGCCACUCGACUCGACUCGACUCGACUCUGAUUUGUGUAGCUCUUGUCCGGCCGCAGCCAGAACGACCCACUCCCUGAAGGUGUAGCAGGGAGGGUUCGCCUCCGCUCGGUCACGGCGGAGCGGCAGAGAACGGGGACGUUCCCACGAUUCUUUUCCAGUUAUGCACUUAGUUCAGGCCUCGCUCCGUCACCCUCGGGCAGCUCCAGCUCAACCCAUCACCGUUUCAUUUCCACUUGGGUUUUUAACGGGCUGAGGUGAAGUCACACUCUGCAUGAUGGGGCCGCAGAGAGGGGCAUGAUGGGAAUUGGAGUCCCCAUUAAAGACUAGCCCAUCAGAUUGUUGGCUGCAGGAGAGGAGCAUGGAGAGGGGCGUGUCCUCUGCAGCGAGAGGGCGUGUCCUCUGCAGCCCCGUGGUCCACUGCCUCACUGCCCGCCUCAUUUCAUUCAUUUUGUUUUUAUUGUUUUAUUGUGAUUGUUCUUGCUCCUUAAAGAAAUAGUUACAUCUCGUCCUCCGUUGCAGAUCAGAAGCUCAUUUCCAAUAUGUUUCCACAGUUAUUAUUUCAAUAAUAAUAAUAGUGAUGAUGAUAAUAAUAAUAAUAAUACUAAUAAUAAAAACAACAACAGUAUUGCUUUAAAGGAAGAUCCAAAGACGAAAUACUUUAACCAAUGGUGCAAACAAAUAAAACACUUCUUUAUACUUGAUAUGUUAUUGCUUUUAACAAAAAUAGAAAACACGAUUUUAGAUGAUGGAGUCUGCGCUAGUUCACUGUUGGAAAAGCAGUGUCUUCAUUUGCGAAAUAAAUAACAUGAAAACCAAAAACCAAAACAGCCCUCGUGCUCGUGGUAUGGGGUCGCCAGUGGCAGUGUAGAGCCAUCGCAGUUUGUAAGAUAGAUUUAAAAAAAAAAAAAAACUCUUUGUUAACUUUGCUGUGACCAACAGUUAUUUUCUUGGUCUGUCUGUCUGUCUGUCUUUCUUUCUUUCCUUUGGUUGGUUUCCAGGUCUGAUCUCUGAGGACAUACGAUUUGCUGCUAACGUAGUUUUGUAUUGAUACUAAGAUGCAUGCUGAAAUUUGCUUUUUCUCUAAGCUUUAAUGACAACAAACAGUAAGCUUAAUGCCAUUUACAGAACAGUGAUCCCACCUGCUCUCCUCCCCAUCCUUGCUAUCUUAGAAGAAGAGCAGAAAAGACUGUGAGACAUUUUAUCUUCCAAAUAAUAAUGACUAUUAUUUUUGGGGUUUGUUUUUUUUUUUUCUUUGAAACUAGCCAAUGUUGAAUACCAAUGAUAAAUAUUGUUCAUACAGAAGACUGCAUUCCAAAUACCACACUAAUACAGUUUUCAUAGAUGUAUUGUAUUUUUAUUUGAUGACUUGUCUGUUUGUUUGAAAAUCAGUGUUAAAUGUUUGAUUCUGCUGUGAGGGGUGUGUGUGGGGUGGGGGGGUGGGCGGGGGUCGUGACCCCAAGGCCUGUGUCGCUUUAGUGACCUGGGCUACACUAUGUGCAUCUCCUGUCUGAAAAUUCCUGGAAAAAAAAGGUUGUUACUGUAACCAUAGCGAUAGCCAAAUAAUGUUGUAAAUGCACACCUCUUGUGACAUGUGACUUUCUGUUUUUUUUUUUUUUGUUUUUGUUUUUGAGGGUUUUUUGCCAUCAUACUGACCAUACCACCAGAACACACCCUAGUCAAUAAAGUCUGUUUUGUUGCA